AUGUGGAGCGUUUGGCGUACAGUACUCGAAGAGAACGAAAAGCUCGCACGCGCUCGCCUCGCUGCCAUCGAAGUGUUCCAACAGCAAAUAGCCGAUGAGGCUAAGGUGUUACGUGACUACAAAUUGGCCAUUUCCAAGAGGGCGCUCUCACAAAUAGUCAACGUACAAAAGGAGCUACAUCUCAGUGUUUCCGAUGUGGAUAAGACAAAGAAACAAUAUUUCGAUGAGGAGCAUUGCGCACAUGAUGUGCGCGAUAAGGCACGUGACAUUGAAGAGAAGCUUAAGAAGAAGAAGGGUUCGUUCUUCCAAUCAAUUACAUCACUGCAAAAGAAUAGCGCACGCGUCACGUCACGCAAAGAGCUGCUGGAGGAGAAAUCGACUGGCGCACGCAAUGACUACAUACUCAGCUUGGCUGCAGCGAAUGCACACCAGAAUCGUUACUUCACAGUCGAUCUACAAACAACGAUGACCACCAUGGAGAAUUAUGUGUUUGAACGUGUGGCCGAGUACCUGACAUUGAUGGGUCGCACCGAAUUGCUCACCUGUUCUGCCACACAGAACUCAUUCGGCAAGAUACGCGAUCAGGCGCAACAAUUGACGCGCGAAUACAAUUUGCAGUGCUGCUACCUUUUCUAUCCAGUGCUGAAGCAACACAUCCAGUACGAUUUCGAGCCGUGCGAUAAUGAUCCAGUACGGAAGAUAACCACCGAACAUGAGUCGGCAUCAGAAACGCUUACGAAAGAGGCUAAAAAUUUGGCGGGACGUGUGGUGAAGGAGAACUUGGCAAUACGUGAGGCGGCUAAGAAGUUGGCUAUUUGUGUGUCACUGCGUGACUCAGGACAACGCAGCGAUCCAAAUGAUCCGAAUGGACCAGAUUUGGAUACAAAGAUUGAGGAGUUUAGGGAUUUGAUACGACGCUCUGAGACGGAGAAGGCCAAGGCCGAGGCGUGCUUGCAAAGUUUGCGUGAAGGUGGCAUCAAUGUGGACGAGUGGGUGCAAGAGGCCGAGAUUAUGGGCGUACAGGAAUUGGCAAGAUCGGCUAGCUCGAUCUCAAUGCGCACCGAUGCGUCCGGACAAGGGGAAAAUCCCAGCUCGGACUCAUUCUAUGACAGCGACAAGGAGGACGCUACUGCCACGCAGGCUGGUGCGGCCGCCAAAUCAAAGGUGGAGAAGGAAUUGUCGCGCGAUAAGACAUUUAGCGACAGCGAAGAAGAGGCGGACGAGCGGGUACCCGAGCCGAUUGCUGCCGUACCGAUGAUGGCUGCCACUGGCGGCUGGGAUGACCCAACAGAAGUCAACUGGGGCGGCGAAGAAGAGGAGAAGGAAGAACCCAUUGUUCCUGAACCGAAGGAGGCUAUCUUCAAGUGUACAGCUCUGCUCAAAAUCCAGACGAACUGA